AUGGUCACCUUGAAAGCGUCGCUUGCGGCAUUGGCCGGCAUCGUGGCCUUAUCCUCUGCAUCGGGUGCGAAGAGAGAUGAGGUAACGCCAGUCUUUGAGAAGAUCAACAUACCUGGUGCCUUUAUUGUCGAGUUUGCCGACGAUCAGGAUGGCAGCGGAUUCAUCAGUCAGCUCGAGGCAGAAACCGGCCUGGCCAAGGUCUCGCAGCGUCUCAACCUCCAGUCCAAGAUCUUUAAGGGCGUCUCUAUCCACGUCGAAGGCUCCAACAAUGAGACAGCCCAGACGAUUGCCAGACUCCCGCAAGUCAAGAAAAUCUGGCCCGUCCCGCUCAUCAGCGUGCCCGAGCUGGACAUCGCCUGGACCGGCAAAGACAAGACCUCGUCAAAAUACAAACGCCAAUUCAACUCCACCGACACCUGGCCCCCUCACGUCAUGACCCAAGUCGACAAGCUCCGCGCCAAGGGCUUCAUCGGCAAGGGCCUCAAGAUCGGCAUCGUCGACACCGGCAUCGACUACACCCACCCUGCCCUGGGCGGGUGUUUCGGCCCGGGCUGUCUCGUCGAAUUCGGUUACGACCUCGUGGGCGACGCCUACGACGGUACGAACACGCCCGUCCCCGACGCGGACCCCUUUGAGAACUGCAUCGGCCACGGCACGCACGUCGCCGGCAUCAUCGCGGCGCAGGAAAACCCCAUGGGCUUCACCGGUGCGGCUCCCGGCGUGAAGCUGGGCAUGUACCGGGUUUUUGCCUGCAAUGGGAAUGGUAACGGCGACGUCCUGCUCGCCGGCGUGAUCAAGGCCUUCGAGGACGGCAGCGACAUCAUCACAGGUUCCAUCGGCGGGCCCAGUGGGUGGGCCGGCGAGGCUUUUGCCGUGGCUGUCUCGCGGAUCGUGGCCGCGGGCGUUCCCUGCACUUUCGCCGCAGGUAACGAGGUCGGUGGCACGGAGGGCCUGUUUGGCAUCAGCACACCGAGCACCGGCGACGGCGUGAUGUCCAUCUCCUCCUACCAGAGUAAGGGAGCGGAUAGUGAGGGAAAAGUUUCGGCCUUCACGAGCUGGGGCCCUACCUUUGAGCUCAAUCUUGCGCCGAGCUUCGGUGCCCCCGGUGCCGGUAUCUUGAGCACGUGGCCUGUGGCACUUGGUGAGUACGCCGAGGCGUCUGGUACAUCCAUGUCGACUCCUCUUGUUGCCAGUAUUGUGGCCCUUAUAUCUCAGGCACGGGGCACCAUAGAUCCAGACCUGAUCAAGAGAUUACUUGCUUCGACCGCAAAGCCGAACCUGUCGCAGGACUAUGAUACUGACCACGUCGAUGCCGGUCUCGGUUCCGUGGCGCAACAGGGAGCCGGCUUGGUCCAGGCAUACGAUGCAGCCUACGCGACAUCCGUUCUCAGCGUCGCUGGUCUAUCAUUCAACGAUACCGACAACUUCAUCUCCGAGACCACCUUCACCGUGACCAAUGUCGGAGACACAACGGCAACGUACAACGUGUCCCACAACCCGGCCUUGACUGCCACCACUCUCAGCGACAUCUAUCGUCAAAGCUCCCCCGAGCUGUUUACGACGUACGCGACUCUGACCUUUGAACCCUCCAGCUUCAGCCUGGAGCCCAACGCCACUGGCGAAGUCCGCAUCAGCGUGGUUCCUCCCAAAGGCUUGGAUGCGGCGGCUCUCCCGCUGUACUCUGGAUGGGUCACUCUCAACGGCACCAAUGGCGACGGCGAGAUCGCGCUCUCGGUCCCUUAUAUUGGCGUCGCGGGGUCGAUGAAGAAUGUCACAGUCCUAGCUUCACAACGUCUAAUCUUCACUCGCAGCGACGAUCAGAGGAAUCCGGAUGUGGCCGCCAACUCCACGUUCCAGUUCCCCGCUCCAGCUGCACAUCCCGACUGGGCCCUGCCUUUGGCCAAUACCUCGGACCUCGUGCUUCCCCUCGGAGCUCUUCCGAGCCAGUUGCUGUGGCUGGUCAUGGGAAGCUCCGAAGUUCGUCUCGAAGCCGUGCCAGUCGCGUCGCCGGGUUCUGCGCCGAACCCGGAUGCAAAGGACAAUGGCCUCGGCGUGGUGAGCCUUGGAAACGUGGCUGGGUAUCCAAUGACUUAUGUUAGACCAAUUGGCUGGACGAGCCCUUGGGAUGGCAGCUUGGCGGAUGGGUCUUGGGUGCCGGCCGGCAGGUAUCAGCUCAGUAUUUUCGCUCUGAAGAUCAUGGCGGAUAGAACCCUGCCGGAGAGUUGGGAUCGGUACGAUUCCCCAGAGUUCAUCAUUCGUUAUGUGGACGCGUGA